AGCGAGGUCAAGAUGGCGCGCUGCAUCAUGUGAAGGGGACUCAGCGGUAGCCGGUCGUUCGCCUGAAGAACAUGUACAAAACACCAUGUAGUAGACUGACGGGAGUCUGGAAAUGCCUGCCAUGUGGUUUGGUAGGUGUCAAUGUGCAGAAGAAGCUCAUUUCAAAUGCAUCGAGUCACAUGAGUGCCAGGAGUCUGAUUCAGCUCUGCAGGAAGAAUCGAGCAGAAUGGUUCACAUUCCAGCAUCUCUGCUUUCUGAAGAGACAGUAUGUGAAGAGCAUCGGUGGUGUCUGUCAGAGAGCGAGACCCAAGCAGGAGCCUGUCGCCUCUGCACUGGAGGAUCGAGAUGAUUCGUUGGUCAGACAGGUUCAGCAGAUCCCAGCCUUAAAGCCUGAGCCAGGUACUGUGGUGCCACCAUGUGACUCGAAGAACAUCCAGGAUGAACCAGAGGCGACCAGAGCAGCCCGCUUGGAGGCUCGGCAGUGGAAGGAGUCGAGGGUUGAAUACAGUGAUUUACCAGGGAUUUACGCACGGCUCUCCAAACUUAAAUUAACAGCUCUUGUUGUUACUACGGCAGCUGCUGGCUUUGCUAUGGCUCCAGUGCCCUUUGACCCUGUCACUUUUUUGAUGGCUGUGGUCGGAACAGGUCUCUCUUCCUGUACAGCCAAUUCCAUCAAUCAGUACUUCGAGGUGCCCUUUGACUCAAACAUGAAUCGUACCAAAAACAGACCUCUGGUCAGAGGACAGAUCAGCCCUCUGCAUGCCGUGUCAUUCGCCCUGGCGUGUGGGAUCCCAGGUGUGACCCUGUUGACCCUGGGCCUGAAUCCCCUGACGGGCUUCCUGGGCGCUCUGAACAUCUUCCUGUACACGUGCUGCUACACUCCUCUGAAACGCCUCAGCAUCACCAACACCUGGGUGGGUGCCGUGGUGGGCGCCAUCCCACCUAUAAUGGGCUGGACAGCAGCCACCGGCUCUCUUGAUCCAGGAGCACUCUUACUGGGAGGUUUCCUGUUCUCUUGGCAGUUUCCUCAUUUUAAUGCCUUGAGCUGGAACCUGAGAGAGGACUACUCGCGGGGUGGGUACCGAAUGAUGUCCGUCACCCAUCCCGGCCUUUGUAAACGCGUGGCCCUGCGCCACAGCGUAGGCCUGAUCGGCCUCUCAGCCUUGGCCCCCGUGCUGGACGUCACCACAUGGACGUUCCCCUUAGUCUCCCUGCCAAUUAACCUUUACAUCAGCUUCCUGGCCUUCAGGUUCUAUCGCAGGGGUGACAGGCAGAACGCCCGCAAGCUGUUCUUCUGCAGUCUUUGGCACCUGCCCAUGCUGCUGCUGCUGGCCCUCACCUGCAAGAAGAGCCGCGUGUCACAGGACGAGGCAGCUGUAGCUCCCGGCACGCCGUCUCUGGCUCUGUAGAGCAAGCACAAUCCUCUGCCAUAUAUAUUCGUACUGGAUAGAUAAUUGCUGUCGGCCCCAAAAUGAGUUAUCUUGGAGCUAAAGAGACACCAUACUUUGGAGGGGGAAGACAUAGCCUCUUUCCAUUUGUUAUAAAAGUAUCCUUCAGGGAAAAAUAACAUUGAUGUAUAUGUAAAUACAUAGCAGUGAUUUAAAAAAAAUCCCUCUGGUAACUUGGACACAAAUCAUUGUUAUUUGUGUGUAUAUACAUAUUUAUUUGACGCAGCCCCCUGUUGUCUAUAAACUCAUAGACUGAACUUUCUGUAGGCUGAUAUGUCUAUGUGCAAAGUGGAUUUAACUGAAAUAAAGACCACAAAUACAUUUUGCCUAGAAUUUGCAAUUAACAUCACCAUUACUGUGGACAUUUUGGUUCAAUGCGGAUAAUGGAGAAUGGUUUGUUUAAUGCACCUAGCAAGUCAUUUCCAAGUUUGGCCUCAUCUAAUUACUUGCUAAAUGACAUUUUCAAAGUUUUCUCUUUCUAAGUCUGUUAAUAUUUCAUUCCAGCAAUAAAUGAUUCAGUAAAGAAACCGCCGAGUCUCACUGCUAGCCCAGAAGUCUUUAUUCUACAUGAAACUCCGUCCCUUUGAGUCUUGAGUUUAGAUGUUAAAAGGCUGAUCGUUUUGGAGAGCUCUCGGGUAUCAGCUCCAUCAAAGAUCCUUUAUUAUUUCAGAACUAGUCAAAUAAACUCAGUCAACUCAGUUGAGCUCCCCAGAACUGAAUUACUGUUGAUUCAUUACUGAAUGUAACAGUGCAGAAUAUCAUUGAAUGCAGCCAUGCAUUGUUCGAUACUACGUUUGCUUAUUCAGCACCUUCAGUUUACUCACAUCUGACCACACUGUACCAAUGACUUGUGUAAGACACAAAUAAAAUAAAAAUUAUUAUUAAUAAAUUGUGCUGUGAUCAAGA